CCUACACUUCUCUUUUGUAUGUUUACUGAAUCUCAGUCUAGUACUUAUGAUCUUUUUUCUGGAAAAGAUGAAGAACAAAUAAAAUUUAUGGAAGAAUUGUGCGUCCAGAUAGAUUAUUAUGAUAACGUUGUAGGGGGUAUUACAAAAAAAGAGAGCCAUUUAAUGGAUAAUAUAAGCAAAGGGAUUCUCCAUCGUGCGUUUAGUGUAUUUUUAUUUAAUUCUAAAGGGGAUUUGCUUUUACAACAACGUUCUAACAAAAAAAUAACUUUUCCUAAUGCUUUUACAAACACUUGUUGCUCUCAUCCUUUAUAUUGCGAAGAAGAACUUGAAGAAACGAACGCCAUUGGGAUUAAAAAGGCUGCUCUUAGAAAAUUAGAGCACGAGUUGGGGGUUGCAAAGAAUAAACUCUCAGUAAACGACAUUAAUUUUAUUACUCGAAUUCAUUAUAAAGCUGCCUCGAAUGAUAUUUGGGGCGAGCAUGAAAUCGACUACAUCUUACUUGUGCAGAAGGAUGUGGAUCUUAAGUUGAAUCUUAAUGAAGUUAACUGCUGCAAGUACUUUAGUAAAGAACAGUUGAAAGAAUUUCUUGACACUUCUGAUAAUAAUGGAGUUAUAAUAACGCCUUGGUUUAGACUUAUCGCGAACACCUUUUUGUGGAAUUGGUGGGAAGAUCUAGAAAAAACUAAACGAUCACCGUGUGAUCCCGCUAUACACAGGAUGUGCUGAAUAUAUGUAUAUUAAUAAAUUAUCUUUACUUAA